AGCAUCGCAUAUUACUUAAUUUUCGACUCCACAAUAUUAAUCGAAGCUGCUAGAAGGAUCCACGGUGGCGAUAUAAUUGAUUGCUUUGGCAUUUUGAUUGUAUACAAUGUCAGCUUAUAUAGGGUGAAGAUAUUCAAAUCGCCAACAUUUCAAAAAUUGAUCCUGCAUGCUUUAGCCAAAGAACAACAAAUUCUAAACUGUAGAGAUGACGAAAUCAAAGAGCUCUACAAGCGAAAUGUUCGAGGAACGACGAAGUUCACUUAUACUUACGUUGUUAUUGGCACUGUGGGGAUCGUCAUGUUUAUUGUGUGUCCGUUUAUUGACGAUAUAGUGCAACCUUUGGGCUAUAGCAAUGAUACGGGUGUCUGGCAACGUCAUGAAAUUUUCCCAAACUGGUUUCCCUUCGACCGCGACCGAUAUUACGUAACUGCGUAUGUGCUACAAUUCGCAGCAGGUUGUUUGGGCUAUACGUACAUCGUACAUGGCGGAGCCCUAUUUAUAUCGUUGCUGACGUUCUCCGUAGGACAGUUUAAAAUAAUUCAACAUGUUUACUCCAAUUUGUCGCGUUACGCUAAAGCUUUGGGAGAAAUUGGCACAGCCCGAUCGGAAGAGAUAAUUGCGAAAGCCCUUUCGAAAGAACAUCAACUUAAUAUACGUUUUGUCAACGAGAUAAACCAUGCCAUGCAGUGGUACAUAUUUUUGGACUUCAGUGUGUCAUCUUUUCAGCUUGCGGUGGUCGUAUUUCAAUUGUUACAGAGCACAUCAAGUGUAGAGAUAAUGGCGUCUUGUUCAUAUUUCUGUACUUUAUCUACUCAACUGUUUUUAUUGUACUGGAAUGGACAUGAGAUCGUCACACAGCAUGAAAAUAUUGCCGAAUGCGUUUACAAAAGCGAUUGGCCAAGCUAUGACGCAAAAACCACAAGAAUUAUGCAGAUGACAAUGGUUAGAGCUCAAAAACCUCUUAAACUCAACAUCGGUCCUUUGGGAUACGUAAAAGUCGACGCUUUAAUACAGAUAUUUAAGACUAUCUACUCCUACGUGUGUCUUAUAACCGGAAAUUGGGACGUUUGAAGAAGAAAUGUGACCUCCCUGAUACACACCAAGUGGCAAAAAUAUCCAUUAAAAUUUUUGCUUUCAAUUCGAGCUUGGAAGAAUAUAAAUAAAAACGUGCUUGCGUUUAAUUUACACCUACAAUGUAUUAGUUAUUUAUGUUAACGACCUACUUUACUAUCAGUCGAAUCAGAAAGUUGAAUUCUAAUGUCACUAACUACAUUGUAAUAUUUUGUCUA